AAGAAGAAGAAGAAGAGCCGGAAGGACGUAGCCUGACAGAAGGACGUUGCGGUGUAGGGAUUGUUGUGAGCGAGCUCAGGAAAGAUGCUGACCAAUAUCUCUCACGUGCUGAGGGCUUGUGCUCAGAGAAAUGGAGCUGCAGCGGUCGUGUCAGCACGCACAUAUGCUGACUUCACAACCGAGGCUAGCUUUGAAAUAAAGAAAUGUGACAUCCACAAGCUGGAUGAGGCUCCGGCUACUCAAGUGGUGAUGACUCGGGAUGAGGGUCUGCAGUACUACCGCAUCAUGCAGACCAUCAGGCGUAUGGAGCUGAAAGCAGAUCAGCUGUAUAAGCAGAAGAUCAUCCGAGGAUUCUGCCACUUGUAUGACGGCCAGGAAGCCUGUGCAGUUGGUAUCGAAGCAGGAAUUAAUUUGACAGACCACCUGAUCACUGCGUACCGCGCCCACGGCUACACUUACACCAGAGGAGGGACUGUGAAGGAGAUCAUGUCUGAGCUCACUGGCAGAAGAGGCGGAAUUGCAAAGGGCAAAGGAGGCUCAAUGCACAUGUACACUAAAAACUUCUACGGAGGAAAUGGAAUUGUUGGAGCUCAGGUUCCCCUGGGUGCUGGUGUGGCUCUGGCCUGCAAGUAUCAGGGCAAGAAUGAGCUGUCCGUCAGUCUCUAUGGUGAUGGCGCUGCCAACCAGGGUCAGAUUUUUGAAACCUAUAAUAUGGCAGCACUUUGGAAGCUGCCCGCCAUCUUCAUCUGUGAGAACAACCGGUAUGGCAUGGGCACGCCAGUGGAGAGAUCUGCAGCCAGCACAGACUACUACAAGAGAGGAGACUACAUUCCUGGUCUCCGGGUGGAUGGGAUGGAUGUUCUGUGUGUUCGGGAAGCAACCAAGUUUGCAGCGGAUCACUGCCGAGCUGGGAAGGGUCCCAUUCUCAUGGAGCUUCAGACCUACCGUUACCAUGGACACAGUAUGAGUGAUCCUGGUGUCAGCUACCGCACGCGUGAGGAGAUACAGGAGGUCCGUGGUAAGAGUGACCCCAUCUCCUUGCUGAAGGACCGCAUACUCAGCAACAACAUGGCCAGCGUGGAGGAGCUCAAGGAGAUUGAUGUGUCGGUGAGGAAGGAAAUUGAAGAUGCUGCUCAGUUUGCCACCACGGAUCCUGAACCCCCACUGGAAGAGUUGUGCAACCAUAUCUUCAAAAACGAUCCACCCAUGGAGGUGCGCAGCACGAACCCGUGGAUCAAGCUGAAGUCUGUUAGCUAAAGUUGUAACACCCACUCUCUUCAUCACGUAAAUUCACCCAGUAACAUAUUAAGCCCCCUUCACCCUUGCAUAUACACACACGCCAUCAUACAAUGUACCAUAAACUAGUGGCUCGGACCCAGAGCUUGAACCAUCAACAAGUACAUUUAUUUCAACGCUGUACAGUUUAACAGUUGGGCCACAUUCACCAAAAUGUUCUGAGGAUGAAACAAAGACACCAAACUGAAUAAUCUUCAAAGGUUUUCAGAGUUCAAAACAACCUAAAGUUAGUUUCUUUGUCACAGUGUUCCAUAGUCUUUUGACAUUAUGUCCCCUAUUUAUUUAUAGUUUUAGUAAACAUAUUAAGGUAUUUGCCAACUCAAUACAUUGUAAAGCUUUCGUUUUAUGUUUAGUAGUUACAAUCACCAUCACCGUUGGUGGAUUAUUUAACGUCUUCACACAUGAAAAUAUAUUAAUUAAUACCUGUGAAUAAUUAUUUUUAAUUAAGAGGGAAGCUCAAUAAAUCACUUAAGCUAUUUUAAGGAAUAUCGAGGUCUCUUAACAAUAAGCAUCAAGUCAGAGGGUUUUGUAAAUCCGGCCCUAAGUGAAUAUAUUUAGUUGAUUCUAAAUGUGCUUGUUUGAUGGUUUUCUGUGGUCACUUUUGAGGUGUGAUGAAGCAAAUGUCCAUCCAUAACUGUUCAUCUCAUAAAGAGACUAACCUGUAAAAUUGGCUUUGUUCUCUUUAUACUGAAGUGUACAUGAUAAAUCAUUCAGUUUAAGUUUACUAGUUCUUGUCUUUUUUUAUUUCACCCCUUGUUACAAAGACACCAUACAAGACAGCAGGUUGAAGACCGUUGUUACUAUCAACUUUCUCAAUAUAUGUCCAUAUGGUUUUUUUUUUAAAAUACAAUAUGUAAGAUGGUAGUGAAUACAGAGGGAAAGGCUUUAAAUAUUUUAAUUUGUCUUGCCAAACCAACCGUGCCUGGCAGAUCUCGUGUUGUGUAGCUGUGUCCUGAACACAAUGUGAACACUCCAAGCGAGUCUGUUCAUGACAAACAUAAAUCGCUCAUUUUCACACACUCUAGAAGCUCCUAAUAAUUUGUCUGAUAAACAUGUGUGUGUAAAUAGUUAGUCACACUCGUGUUACCACAGGAUGAAACAUUGCUGGCAAAAAUGGUGACCGUAAACAUUUUAUUUUUUGUCAAGUACUUGAACACAAUUGUUUUUUUAAGAAGAACAAUGACUGCUGACAGCUCUGGAAGCCAAAAAUAAAAAAACCUUCAUAUCAA